CACAGGCAGAGAUCACAGGCUGGGAGGAUGACAGCUCGAGUGUAUUUCUCGUUGAUUGCUGUUUUUUCGUGUCUGUUCGGAUACUUGAGCAUAGCGCACGCUAUUCAAAGACGAACCACAGUGAAGCCGGGUCAGUGUCCCAUACCGGAGAUGAUUCCACUGUGUGCUAAAAGCUGUUUCCAUGAUGGCCAGUGUCCUGCCAUGCAGAAAUGUUGCCCAACCACCGGUGGCUUUGCAUGCAGUGAACCACGUGGUCAGGGAAGAGGUCAAGCAAGUUGCCAGGGAAGCGGAGCUGGUCAGGGACACGGAGCAGGUCAGGGUGCAGGACAGGGUCAAGGAAGCGGAGCUGGACAGGGGAACGGAGCAGGACAGGGUCAAGGAAGCGGCGCAGGACAGGGAAGCGGAGCUGGUCAGGGAGCCGGACAGGGAAGUGGCGCAGGACAGGGAAGCGGAGCUGGUCAGGGCACCGGACAGGGAAGUGGCGCAGGACAGGGAAGUGGCGCAGGACAGGGAAGUGGCGCAGGACAGGGAAGUGGCGCAGGACAGGGAAGUGGCGCUGGUCAGGGAGCUGGACAGGGAGCCGGUCAGGGUCAGGGAAGCGGAGCUGGUCAGGGCUCAGGACAGGGAAGCGGAGCCGGUCACGGAGCUGGUCAGGGAGGCGGACAGGGUCAGGGAAGCGGAGCCGGUCAGGGAAGCGGAGCUGGUCAGGGAGAUGGACAGGGUCAGGGAAGCGGAGCCGGUCAGGGCUCAGGACAGGGAAGCGGAGCCGGUCAGGGCGCAGGACAGGGCAGCGGAGCUGGACAGGGAAGUGGAGCUGGUCAGGGAGCCGGACAGGGUCAGGGAAGCGGAGCAGGUCAGGGCUCGGGUCAGGGAAGCGGAGCUGGUCAGGGCUCGGGUCAG